AUGAUACGGAAUGCGUUUCCUCGGAAAGCAUUGCAACUGGUUCCGGUAAGAUUGUUCAACAACCAUCCCCAGCAAGUGGCAGCGUCCAGCAGUUCCGGUGAAACGGAUCUAGAAUGGGCCAACGCACAGCCGUACGAGAGUAUUCCUGGGCCAGGAUCGCUUCAGAUGAUGAGGAACUUUGCACCGGGUGGUCGUUACUACAACAAAACUAUGCCGGAUAUAAUGCAGGCACUAAGAGAUGAUUACGGCGACCUUUGGCGAUUGCCGGGGAUCUUUGGACGUCGCGAUAUGGUUGCCACCUUUAAGCCGGAUGAUUUUGAGAAAAUUCUACGGACCGAAGGACAGUGGCCAAUACGGAGAGGUUUCGAUAGCUUGGCGUUCUACCGAGAAAAAGUGCGGCCAGAGAUAUUCAAGGGCAUGGGAUUGGUAACGGAACAAGGAGAGGGAUGGCACCACUUUCGCACCAUAGUCAAUCCAGUGAUGUUGCAGCCGAAAACUGUUCAACUCUACAUUGACAAGCUAGAUGAAGUGGCUCAAGACUUCAUGAAGAUAAUCCCAAAUCUGCGUGACGCCAAAAAUGAAAUGCCGGCCGAUUUUAAUCAGUGGAUAAAUCGAUGGGCUCUGGAGGUCAUGGGAGUACUCGCCUUGGACACCAGACUAGGCGUUUUGGAGCACGAUCAACCAGAGGAAGCGUCGGAGCUUAUGAGGUUGAUCGGAGAAUUUCUUGAGCUUUCAUAUCAACUAGACAUUCUUCCCUCGGUUUGGAAAUACUACAAAACCCCAACGUUCAACAGAUUCAUUACUGUCCUAGAUGGAAUAACUGACAUCAUCACGUCUAAAAUUGACGCUGCGAUGAUACGUUUGGAGAAAAAUCCAUCAAAAUCCAGUGAUACUAUGAGCGUAUUGGAGAAGCUGUUGAAGGUCGAUAGGGAUGUAGCCAUAAUCAUGGCUUUCGACAUGUUGCAGGCUGGGGUUGAUACGACUUCAUCUGGAAUGAUUGGUAUACUGCACGCUCUAGCUACAAAUUCGGAGAAGCAAAACAAGCUUCGCAAGGAAAUUCGAGCGAUUCUUCCGUCCAAAAAUUCACCCUUAACGCCAGAUAAUAUGCGCAACCUUCCUUAUCUGCGAGCUUGCAUCAAAGAAGGUCUUCGGGUCCAGUCACCGAUUGUUGGCGGUGCACGCACAUCUGGUAAAGAUCUCGUACUUCAGGGAUACCGCAUUCCGAAAGAAACAGACAUCAUGAUGCCGGCAAUGAGCCUGUACAAAGAUGAGCGUCACUUCGCCCGAGCUCAGAAAUUCCUCCCGGAGCGUUGGCUUAAGCAGUCGGAACCGGGGGUGCCGAGUGCCAAGAGUGCCCAUUCGUUUCUGUUCCUGCCGUUCGGAUUUGGCCCUCGUUCUUGUAUCGGACGUCGGUUGGCUAUGAUGGAGAUAGAAAUAUUUCUUGCGCGUGUAACGCGACAAUUCGAGUACCGCUGGAAUCAUGGACCGUUGAAGAUUCGCACCUCGCUCAUCAACGUGCCGACCAACGAACUGCGCUUCGAGAUGACUGAAGUGGUUGAUUAA